AUGGCUAAAAUACAAGGAAAAAGAAAUAGGGCCCUUGGGUCAUCUUUAGAGAUGUCUCAGAUAAUGGAUGCAGGUGCAAAUAAAAUUAAAAGAAGAAUAAGAGAUCUAGAAAGACUAUUAAAAAAGAAGAAGGAUAUAUUGCCUUCUACUGUGAUAAUAGAAAAGGAAAGAAAUUUGCAAGCCUUGCGAUUGGAGUUGCAGAACAACGAGCUAAAGAACAAAAUUAAAGCCAACGCUAAAAAAUACCAUAUGGUGAGGUUUUUUGAGAAAAAGAAAGCAUUGAGAAAAUACAAUAAAUUACUGAAAAAAGCAAACGAAUCUGACUCAGACGAUAAAGAUCUGCAAGCUCAAUUAAGGGCCACUAAAGUUGAACUAUGUUAUGUUAUAAAUUUCCCUAAAACUGAGAAAUACAUUGCAUUAUAUCCAAAUGAUACGCCAUCCACAGAUCCAAAGGGUGUAAAAUUAACAAAUAUUAGAAGAGAAAAAUUCCUCAAAUUGGUGGCUGAAAGAAUGGAUGCAAACGCGCUUGAUGUAUCAUUUAAAGACAUUUUAAUGGGUAAGAAACUGGAUGAAGACUCUGUCGGAUUAACUUUGUCCGACAAGUCAGACAAUAAGAGUGAAUCCCAUACAUCUUCUACAAAUGACAAAAAUGAAUCAGCAGUCGAAGGAGAAGAUGAAGAGGAUGACUUCUUUGAAUAA